ACAAUUUCUAAUUUCCAUUCAUUUGUAACAGUAUGGACGAGUGCGGUUGUGUUGUGUUUGCAACCAUCGAAUCCAUUGUUUUUAACGUUUGACGUGUUUUAAUAACGAAAUAUAUAACGUGACAUGGACAAGUGAGUCCGAAACUGUUUGUUUGUGUUUAUUUUUGUGAAUUUUAUUUCAAUUUUGUCAUCAUCAGCUGAUGCUCAAUUCUCUACUACGACACCAGCCAAAACAAGACUGAUAAAUAGAUAUGUAGAAUCAUUUAAUACAAUUAUACAUUCCUAUGAACCGCCAUUUUGAAACGUGAAACAAUAUGGCGGCCGCUCCGAUACGCUCCGUUGUCGAGGAGAAAGAUGGCGACGAGGCGGAGGAGAAGCUUCUAGAAGGGAACAGGGUGUUGAUAGUCCCACCUGGACAGAGGGAUGGGCAGGCUGUCAAGUCUUCGAAGAAAGUGAAACUCCCUGAGGAUGAUGGCGCGACGGUCGGCGCUGGCAGGUUCACCAUCGGCCCGGCGCCGGAGCGCGACUGGCAGAUGGUGCCCCCGGACGGCAAGUGGGGAUGGUGCGUUCUCGUAGGAGCGACUCUAGUGAACAUCUUGAUACCCGGCACCAUCAAAUCCUUCGGAGUGUUAAUGGUGGAGUUCAACGAUGUGUUCGAGUCGAGCACCGCGGCCGCGUCCGGCAUGGUGGCGCUGUGCUACUUCCUGUACAGUAGUUUGGGUCCAUUAUCGUCAAUCCUGUCAGUGAAGUGGUCGUACAGGACGGUGACGCUCAUCGGCGGCACAUUCGCAGCGUUCGGAAUGAUAUUCAGCAGCUUCGCGUUUUCUAUAUAUUAUUUGUAUUUUAGUUUCGGCGCGAUGGUGGGCACGGGCGCCGGGCUGGCGUUCCCUCCCACAGUGUACAUAGUGACGUCAUACUUCGUGCGUCUCCGAGGCCUCGCCAACGGGAUAUGCAUGUCGGGCUCCGCCUUCGGGAGCAUUAUCCUGCCGCCGCUACUAAGAUAUCUCAUAGAGACUUACGGGUAUAAAGGCGCGGUGUUCAUUCUUGGAGGUUUGAUGCUGAACGUGUGGGCUGCCGCGCUGCUGUUCCAGCCAGUAGAGGAGCAUAUGGUCAGGAAAUACAAAGAGCCAGAGGAAGACGAGGACGGAGCGCAGGAUGACAUAUUAUUUGAAGAAGAUGAGCCAAUGGAGUCAAUAGAACUCUCGCCACCCAUACCUCGUAUUAUAACGAACGACAUAGAAAAUGGACAUCCCGAGAAACUAGACAAACCUUUGGCCCAAACCACCAACAGUCUGGCCAACAGCCAACACAACAUAGCAACAUCACCCUCAUCAAAUCAGCUGCGACAGAAUCUUUCUAAACGUAAAUUGUCGUACUCCCGGCCGAUAACAAAAGCCCCUUACAGUAGCACCUCUAUAACCAAGUUAGGGUCACAAGAAGCGUUCGGUAGAAGACUUAGUACCGGCCCGAAAAGAAACUAUUCAACUUCCAGCUUUAACUACGUUUCAACACCCUUCCACGGAUCGACUCUAUCCGCCUUCGAACAACCAAACGAAUUUGCUUCCCAAUUCUCACUCAAAUCUAUAACCGACAGUGUUUCCGAAGUGGCGUAUUGCUGUUUCUGUUGUAAGAAAAGAGAGAAGAAGGAAGCGAAUAAAUUCUUUGAUUUAUCCUUACUUAUGGACCCGGCGUAUAUAAUUAUUCUACUGUCUAGUGCGACAGUUGCUAUUUCUGUGACGAAUUUUAUAAUACUUUUACCUUUGCACGCGCAGAACAUAGGCUUCGAUAAGGCGAGAGGGGCGUAUCUGCUCAGUACGGUGUCGGCGCUCGACCUGGUCGGACGUAUUGGAGGAUCGGCGCUAUGCGAUUUGAAUAUCAUACCAAAGCCGUUUUAUUUUGUUGGCGGGUUGGUUUUCUCUGGGAUAGCGUUAAUAAUAAUACCAUUUUUAAAAUCUUAUAUGGUCAUAAGUGUGUUUUGUGCUUUCUUCGGUUUGGCUUCAGGGGUCAAUAAUAGCGUUACUACGUUAGUUAUGGCCGAGAUUCUGGGUGUUGAAAGACUUAUGUCGACGUAUGGUAUUAGUUUGUUCGUGAACGGCAUCCUCCAGUUAGUCGGACCGCCGAUAUGUGGCAUAUGGCAUGAGAGAGCGAAGAAUUUCACAAGUAUGUUUAUUACUUUUGGAGUGAUAUUUCUGUUAGGCGCGUCGCUGUGGAUUUUCAUGCCUUUUAUUAAGAAGAAUCAGGAUGUGGAGAAUGAUAAGGCCAAAGCUACGCAAAAAGUGUAAAUUCAUGAAUUUAUUUCCUCAUAAGAUUUUUAUGCUUAAAUUAUGUAAAUGCGAAUUUUUAAACUAAGAAGGAAAUGCUGUAACGGAUUGCGUUUGGAUGUUUGGGAGAUAAACUAUUUCCUAUAUAUAUAAUGGCGUAUUAUCCCGGUAAAGUUCAAUAAGGUCCGUAUUCACAAACGUUUAUACGAUGUUGUGUCGGCUGACGAAAGAUGAUUAUCCCUCGGCCGUCGACACAAUUAUGCCGGUCUGUUGGAACCGGAUAUACACAGGUUGAUCCCGCGACACACUGAGCCACUAUGGCAGUUUUAACACCUUGUGUACGGUGGUCACUAUCUGGGCGGAUAUAAAAUAUAGACUACCACUAGCAUAUAAAGGAAUGCUUUGAUAAGUCUGUUUCUCAGUGCUUUUGACUUGACAACCUUCGCAGUGCAUUAGUAAAAGAACAGCACUGUGAUUGAUUAAUAUUUAGAUAUUUUAUUUGGCUGUCAGAUCAACAAAUUUAAACGCCAAAGAGAACUAUGAAAUAGUUGUUACCUUGCGUUCAAACGCACUGUGCUUCCUCAUAGUAUUGUUUGUGAAUAUGUGUCAUUAUUUAUAUCAAGUAAGAAAUCACACGGCCGGUCUUCAACCCAAUUAGAUAUGGUGAAAAUUUGAAAGCAUGGCUCGUUGAGAGUCAACCGGUAUGACAAUUCUGGCAUGAUGAGAAAGACUUGGUCGUAAAUAACUUUAAAAGUAUAGUGUACUAUCUGCAAAGUCUAAUUAUUUACAAUAAAAAACGUCCAUGUGCAUUCUAGAAAGAAACAUUUAAUAGCAAGAAAGAUGUUACAUCAAUAGUAAAUUUAUAAUUAUUUUUAUAUGUAUCACCCAUGAAAUACACAAUUUGACACGAUAUUGGAGUAUGCUUAGUGCUAUUAUGAAUGCAGCAGAUAAUACGUUAUUCUUCCAUUUUUGAUCGGCAAUACCUUUCGCCGAUUUUUUUUUGUUAGGGUAAUUAAUUAAUGCAUCACUUCUGUCAAUUCUAAAAUAGGUAGAGACAUUUUACUAUUAAAAAAAUGUUUUCAAGCGUUUGAAUUUAAGAAAAAACAUUGUAAUGUUUAUUAUAUUGUAAUCUUAUGCUCAAUGUCGACUAGGCGAGGAUGAAUGCGAAUUAUGCGAAGAAAAAUGUUGCAUUAUUUCGUCUGCUAUUCACUAUGAAAGCGCCCAUUAGAAGCUGAGCCGAAUUAACGCGCAAACAAAAUAAAUGCGGUUUGGUGAGUUACCAUUCUGCAUAAGUCGACGCAUUUUCUUAGAAUUACAAUUAUUAAUUUGUGAAAAAUCAUUAAAACUUUGUAUUUUUCUUAAGGUUUGCUAUACUUAAUUCAUCGUCAUUUUUCACUUAAAUCAUCGUUAUUAUAGAAGAGCGAAACAAGUUUAAAAUAAGGUACAACGUUUUUUAUAACUAACUAUGCGGAUCUGCUAUCACGUAACGUUUUAAAUAGCAGUUAUUUAUUUUUUAAUUGUGUUUUUUAAAAGUUAUUAAUGGUGUUUAGUAUUUUUAUGUACAAUUAUUGUGUUUUAUAUUUAAGCUUAUAUCAUAAAUACGAAAGUAACUGUCUGUAACAUUAUCACCUCUUAUGUUGAACCGAUUUUGAUAAAAUUUGGUAUCUUGUAAACCUGAAUUCCAACAAUGAAUAUAAGUUAUUUUUUAUACUUAUGACAUAAUUCGAACGAAGCUGUGAGCAAAUAAAUUUUAUAGGUUUAUUUUUAAAUAAGGUAUUUGCCGUGUUCCCGCCUUUAUCGUUUAACGAUUGUAAUCGCUCGUUUUCGAUCGAUCGCAAAAAUAGACCAAUCAGAAUUUUUGUGAUAUGCUUACAAAUGACUUGUUUCGAUUGGUUCAUUCAUACGAGCGGAUCAAAGAUUGAACUUUGGAUCGUUUAUUGCACACGGCCUGGAUUUUUAUUUAGAUAUAAGGAAUUGAUUGCCAAAUGCACAAUUAUCAAUAUUGAAAUUAAAAAAAUAUAAUAUUUAAGCAUUCAGCAUAAAAAUGACGUAAGCGACAUUCUUAUUUUUAUAACCUGUAAUUUUUUUACUAACAGUUUUUUUCUUUAUUUCUUUAGAGGCUUUGAGUCUCUUAGAAGACUAUGCCGGCACUAUAGUACUUUUUCUUUGUAAUAAAAAUCUACAACCUAUAGAUGUUUAUUUUCAUAAUCUAACCGGCUUAGGCGAACUGAAUUAUGUCUAUCUAGAAUCCUAUCUGAGCGCCUGUUUCACGAUGUUUUAUAUCGGUAUCAUAUAAUACAAUUAAUACUGAAUGCACUUUUUUGUUUGACAUUUAUUUGGGAGCUUGGCUCUCGUAUUUGGUCGCCUUAUAUUAGACGAUUAGCGGUUAUUCAGACAAGGUAAAACGAACGCUAAGUCGGUUAUGACGUUUUUACUUAUGGUUAGGUCAGUUUCACUGGCUACUGCAAUUGCGUUUUGCAAAACUACGUUUGUUGGAGAAUGGCCGACUUACACAACAUUGAACUUUUAAGUUAGAGUCUUAGGCGCUCUCAACCUUUGAAUUUGAAGUCGUUAUAAUUUUUUUGUAUGCCGUUUAACAUUGAUUGCUAGAUAGAAGAUGUGUCCAAAAUAAAAGUUACCUAAAUAGGUUAUAUAUAUAUUUUAUUUAUAAAUGCACACUGGAAUAUAAUAUUAUAGUUGCAAGCUAACUAUACCUAUAAAUAAUCAAUUUUAUAAUUACUGGAGAUAAUUUGCUACUUUCAAAUCUAUCUAACAUUUAAUAAAUAAUUAACGAUUUGAAUUUUUUUUUAUACCAGCUUAUAAUCAGUUUAAUACCGAAAAAUAAUAUUUUUUAUACCACUCUAUAAUCAAUUAUUUACCAUACCGUUAUAACUUAUUAUUUUAAUCUUCGAGUGUCGUGUCUCGACCAUUAAUAUUAUAAUUUAAAAAAUAUUUUUAUGUGUUCAAAUAUAUUUUUAUUAGACAAUUUAAAUAUUUUUACCUCUACACAUAAGCAAAUAUGGUCUGGAAUGCAGAUGCUAUAUAAAUAGUUUGCUAUUUUAUUUAGUUGAUAAAAUAACAAGAUACUGAUAACCUUAUCCUGUUGAUUUAAGAUUGAAAUUGGCGUAACGUUAUGCAGUUAUAUAGCAUAUUUAUUCCAGUUAGUACUUAUUAUAAGUUUUUUGUCUGAAAAAAUUUUAUGAUUAACUAUACAUCAUGAAAGUUAUUAAUGAUUGACAUUUUGAAUUAUACCGCGUUCAAAGAAAUAUACGACUAAGUAAUCCAAACUUUCGGUUUAAUAUCCCCGAACAAAGGUAUUUGUGAUUUUAUUUUUUACAUAUUUGCCGAAAAAUUAGGAAAUUAAUAUUCAGCUGGAAGAAAUUGUGCUGGUUGCAGACGAAAAAUUAAGCUAAGGGACGUAUUAAUAUAUGAAACUUAGUUGCGCUCUCAAGUGCGAUAUCAGUUGAGAGGCUGCCAAUUUAAAGUCAGCAUCUUAAGAUCUUCGCUAUUUUAUAAACUGAUAAUAUCGCUCGUAUAGAUAAAUAUCAUCUUUGAGAAGCAUCUCAAAUAGAUAUUUACAGUCUUACUUAUAAACUUGUUUUAGCAUUAAGAGGUGGUUAAGAAUUGCUUAAAUAGCUGUCAAGAACAUCAUCGGUUCCUAGUUUAAACCUUAAAAGGCAAGAUGGCGGGUUUUGACUUAAGCGGAUCGAGUAAAUUUGUUCAUUAACUAAGCGAAAUUUUUAGGAGUAAAAUUGAAUAUAUAUUGAACUAUUUAAUAAAGCAGGCCGCUGUUCAUUUAAGAGCCUGCACUUAGCUGAGUCGCCGCUGUUCUACAAAUAAAACUCAGCUCUCAAAAUCCGUCACAUAUUGUGACUUAAAACGUCAUUUGAGCUGACGUUAAUACGGGAUUUAUUAAAUAGGAACUAUCUUAAGAUGCCGAUCUUAAUUUGACAGCGUCUCAUCUCAUAGUUUGUUGUCUACACGUGAAAAAAUAGUUAUGCGAGCUUCAAUUACGUACUGCAACCCGCAUUGGAAGCUGAGAAUCAUACUAUAUCCAAAUCAAAAGUUAAAAACUAGUUAGAGUUAAUUAAUGUCGACGCUAAUAUUAUUCAAUUAAGGUAUAUUUUAUGGUGCUCUUUUACUUUCUAUGUGUGAUGUGUAUUGUAAUUAUAAGAUAGAUCCGUGUACGUACCAACUGUUAAAUAUUGAUGGAUGAAGGGGCGAAUAGGUAUAAGACUUACUUUAUGUAAUUCUGUGACAGCUGAAAAUUAUCAGCGAAAAAUAUUCGUGAUAUUUUACGGCUUAUUUCCCUUGUCAUGGGAAGCAGGAGUUAUCACACCCAAAUUUCGCCAGUUGUACCAUGUAAUAAGAGGUCUAUUACCAUGUAUUGGUAAUAUCGUCGGGCGUAUACUGAACGCAAAAUCCCAAUAUUUAUAGCUAACUUAUUAUAAUGGGAAAAUUAGAAAUGGUUGUUAAGUUUGGGUGGAACCCGCGACCUUUGCUAUUCCAUUUCAUUCUGGUCUAGGCCAUAAGAUCGUUUAUCCCUUAAUAUUUUAAAACGAAGUCGGUCAUCAAGUCUAUUUUACUGAACGCGACAAACUCAAAAACUACCAAAUAGAUUUCAAUGGAUUUUAGUAUGCUGAUAGUUUUGAGACCCUGGGUACGACAUGGGUAAUGUUUUAUCCUGGAAAAACUGGUUUACGCGGGCGAAGUCGCGAACAAAAGCUUAUAUUAAAUGUGUCCAACUGAGCUUAUGUAUUGUAUUAAUUAUUGAGGCUUCCUUGUAAAUGAAAGAAAGUAUGAAUGAAAUUUUGAGGUUAUUUUAGUAUAGGUUAUGUAAUGUACUUUUAUUCGAAUUUAGUAACGUUCCUUUUUUGAAUUUUUAAUGUGGUUCGCUAACGGUUUCAGUUUGACAGAGGUUUGAGGUAACGGUUUUUUUAAUAACUUCUUUGAGUUUAUACAAGCGUGUUCUUCACUGUAGACUACAAUAUACGAAUUUUUGUAUAUCGAAUUUUGGUUAAUACGUGUGUGGUUUAUGAAUCAUACUACCAUGUUCGAUGCCUGAGUUUUACAAAAAAAAUGGAAUUGUCUGUGGUCGAGUUAAAAAAACAGUAAAAAAUCAUCUGAUUCAUAGAUUUGCGAAAUUUGUACAUUUUCUAUAAUAUUGUAAUUAAACUGUAGUCGAUUUUCGUUAAACUCAGUAUACAGAUUAUUCCUGAUUUUUUAGACUCGGACUUCAUUUAGUAGUCUAUUUCUUAUCAUUGGCUUUUUUUUAUGGAAUGUUAUGACAUUUAUAUUGUUUUUUUAUACGUAAUGUCCAAAUGCAAAGGCAACAUUUUUAAGGGUUGAAAAAUCACAAUAUUUUUAUUUUUAUAGACUCGCCCCGUCUGUUAAUAUUAAGUAUUUUUUUAUUUUUAUAUUUUGCAAAAUAAUAAGCAAUAUUGUAAACUCUUAUGAUAUUGUAAUUCGUAUUAUUUGAAUUGUAUAAAUAAAUUAUAAUUAUUUUGUUUAAA